CCGCCCGCCGCGAGUGCCGUGAAACAAAGCCAACCGGGUUGAUUGCUGCUCCGAUCCCCGUUCCUUGCAUGGCUUGAUGAGUGACGUUAUCUGCGUUUUGAGGAAUGGAAGACAAAGAUCAGUACCAAAACUUAAGCAUUGGUCUAGACGUUGCAAAUGGGGAGCAAGAUCAUUCUAAUAAUAAUAUUCAAUUACCCGAGUCAGGUGAACAUGAUAAUUAUUGUCCGCCAUUUGUUGACCCUGAUUUAAUUUGUCGUCAGCUAGAAAGUGUAAAUUUAACAGAAGAAGAAACAGACAUUUUAUUGAAAGAUGCUUUGCAACUGAACAGGAUAUUAAAAGCCCAUUUAUCGAAACAAGAAGGUUCAACGAAAAAGAGUCCUGGAAUAUCAAUACCAGAUGGAAAAAAGAAAAAAUCUAGGAGUUCUAGUAGGCCUAGGCCUAGUAGUACUAGUAGUAGUAUUAGUACGAAUUCGUCAAGAGGAGAUCUCCCUCCAUUAGACACAAAGCGAGGACUGUCAGCUGCACAGAUGAGGAUGCGACAACCACAGAAGAUGCAACAAAGAAGUACCUCUGCGAGCAAAAACAUGGAAAAACAGUCCCCGCAAAGUUCUGAGGCAAGUAAAGCAACUGGAUCCAAGACAGCAUCUUCCAAAAAAACUAGACGAAGCAAAUCAAGUGAAUCAAACCUGAAAGAGUGGAGUGAUAGGUGGUGAAAUAUUAACACAAAGAAAUAUUAUUCUGUCCUUUUGAACUCAUCUAUAGAGUAUUGAUAUCUAUUGGAAAUAUACAGUAAUAUUGUAUUUUAUAAAUAUACAUAGGGCAAUAUAUAAUAGUGUAUUAUUGGGUUUUUUGUCAGAGAAUAUUUUAAGACUUACUGUAUGCUAUGAAAUAUCAUUGCAACAUGUAAGAAACCAUGUUUUAGUUUAUUUAGUCACAAAACUUACUUUAAAAUUUAAGUAAAAUUAUUUUUUAUAUACAAUGUCUGGUAAUAAUAGUCAGUUUCUUGUACAUUACAUCUACUGUAGGCUACUAAAAUACUUUACGCUACUGUUAGUACUGUGCUGUCAACACACUUCCAGCACUUUAUAAAUACUGUACAGUAGGUGUUCUGUACUUUAUAUUUUACGUAAGUUUAAUUCAUUCAUUUCAUUCAAUAAUUUUUUUAUUUCAAACACAACAGCAAGGUAAAAAUACAAUGUAAAAAAAAUCAAGAAAUUUUAAUCGUAUUAAAUCGAAAAGUUUUAAUCAUACUAAUAGUCACACAUGCUUCAUACAUAGGCCUACUACUUGGAGUGGAGUUAUAGCCAGCUUACUGUACCUUCUCCUGGGGUGGCGCCAGUGCGGGCCAUGGCACCUUGGGGAGUAACCCCGUCCCACCCCCCUGUUGGGGAGAAAAAACCACAAUUCAAUUCAUCAGGGGAGAAAAAGAAAAUGUAUUUUCUACAUAUAGUAUUAGUAAACUCUAAAAUUGAUUAAAUAAGCACUUGAAACCUCUAAAUUGCUUUUUCGGGGAUUUUUCCCCUUCAACCACUUUUAAAUUAUUUUGAGUGAGCGACGCCCGACCACGCCCACUUUGCUCUUUUUGGUGACAUGCAGCCCCUGUUGGGGACCUCGGAUCUCCCGUCGGGCAAAUCAUGGCGCCAUCCCUGUUUCUGUCGCAGUGUUGCAUGAUUUUUUUCUUAUGACCAAAACAACUCCCUAAACCUCGAAUUGUAUUGUUGUGUAUUAUUUCUUGCAAAAAAGAUGGUUGUCACCUACAAGUAGGACAGUUAUAUACGCUAUUGAGAGUCUUGGGUGCAUGUGUGUGCAUUGCAUAAUACUAAUACUCAGGGUCAUCCAAGUGCAUAUCUAGGGGUGUGCCAGGGUUGGGGCGCACCCAAGACCCCAAAAAAGUUGUGCUCCCAGUUUCUCCUUCCCUUCCUCCCACCAUGAAAAUGUUCAAGCAAGAAAAGCACGCUCAAGAUGAUAAAAAUCAUCUCAUAUCACCUGUUUUGAGAGCUAGCACCCUUUCAAUUACUCAUCGAAUCCCCUCCUUUCUCCUAAUACUGAAUGCCAUCGGGUUCACAAGAAAUCACAAUGUACAGUAGCUAGUAGAACUCAUAAAUAUAAGCAUUUUUAUUGAUGAAUGAAUGUGUGCUAUAUUCGAUGCCA